AUGCCACUGCGUGUACCAAAGGAUGCCGACGACAAUGCGCCGGUCAUUAACGGCCACGAUGCGAGCAUUCUACCACUCUGUGCCAAACUCGCGGCUCGGGUGAAUGCCUUCCUCCAGACCGAGGCAGAGACUCCUCUGCUGAAAGCAGUGCAGGAGCAGACUAGAGUUGCGUUGGGCGUUAUCAGUACUGCGUUAGACCGAUAUAGGUAUUUAGAUGAAAUCUCCCUCUCCUACAACGGCGGAAAGGACUGCCUCGUCCUCCUUAUACUCCUCCUCUGUUCGCUCGCUACAUACAAGAAGGCCCCUCUGCCGAAGGAGCUGCACUCCGUAUACAUCAUCUCUUCGCACCCGUUCAAAGAAGUCGAUGCCUUCGUCGAUGACUCAGUCACUACAUAUAGCCUAGACCUCGCACGCUAUGCAAUGCCGAUGAAAGAGGCGUUCAAACGAUACUUAGAGGAACAUAAGAAGGUGAAGGCGAUACUUGUUGGGACUAGGAGAACCGAUCCUCACGGGCAGAGCUUGACGCAUUUUGAUUUAACCGACUCCGGAUGGCCGGCUUUUAUGAGGGUCCAUCCGGUUAUUGAUUGGCAUUAUGCUGAGAUUUGGGCGUUCAUUCGACAUUUCGAGAUCCCUUACUGUCCGUUGUAUGAUCAGGGAUAUACAUCACUUGGUGGCACAACGGAUACGCACCCGAAUCCAGCAUUGAAAGCAACAGAGGGAAAUAUGAAAGAGAAUCAGAGCCAGGGCUUCAGACCGGCAUAUGAGUUGGUGGAAGAUCGUGCGGAGCGCUUGGGUAGGGACUGGUAG